AUCCUCAGUCUUGAAGAUAACGCGAUCGCGUGUGCAGCUGUGCACAUAUUCAAAGACUUCAAGUUCAGUUUACUGUUUUUUCUUCUUUUUUUUUUAUCAAGAAUCUUUCUUUUGCAUUUUUUUCGCAAGAUUGGUUCGCUUUUUUAGAAGCAGUUCAGUUCAACGACAGAUAGUGCUUAUCAAAAAUGUUCUCCAAAGGAACCCUUUGCUGAUGAUUGACAAUUGAAAGUGGACAACAAACUAAGAUUUGCAUUCUAAAAAACAAAGUGUUUCGUGAUUCUAUGAUCUAAAUUAAAGAUCUUUUACCCAUUGAUGGGUACCUUCUUCUACAAUCUGCAAUUCAUCGAAUGGAUUCGUCAAUCCACUUUUCUCGUAAACAGAAAAUAGCUUACGUCACUCUCUCGUAAUAGUGGAGAUAAACGAUUUCUUCAAGUUUUGCUGAGCGACCUACGCUCCAGAGUCUACAAUCUAAUCAUGCAAUUUUGAGCCGUUUUAUAGAAAUUUGUUUCUUAAAGGAUAGGAUAUUAAGGAAAUCCUCUGGGAUGCAUCUUGAAGAGUUUUUGGGAGGGAAGAAGGAAGACUUUGGAGACACAAUGAGAGAAAACCAGGAUUUUGGAUUUUCGGGGGUCUCCUUAAACACCAUGAUGAUUGGAGACUGGGGAUUAUCACAAAUCGAAAACACGAGCCUCUCACCUUUGCUGAGUCCGAACAAUACAGAAAAUGAGUGGAACCAGAUUAAUUCAAUUUUUCAGUAUCCUUCUGAAAAUCCCUACUAUUCGGGAUCCGGGAAUCUUUAUUCUCCAGGAAGUACUGGAAGUGAAGUUUUGACUCCUACUUGGAUAAAUAAUGUUCAAAGCGGAAGCGAGUAUGGCGAAUUUUCGGAUGAGGUGCUCGAAAAUCAAAGAUUACCACCGGUCGAGACGGUUUUCUCGUUUUCGAGACCUUUUGCCAAUCAAAAUUUGCCUGAUUUUCAAGAUUUCCAGGUAAUCCAAGAAUACCAAGAACCCCAAGAAAGUCAGAAUUUAAAUCUCCAAUCAGAGAUCUUGGAUGAGCCAAAUUGUCUACAGAUUGUCGAUGAAUUUGACCUUAGUUUAAUUCGGGGUGACCCAACAACCUUGACGACGAGCAUUGACUCUCCAAAGUCUUCGUCUUGUCAUCAAAACGAACUUCCGGAACCUGUAACAAACACAUCAGCCUCUUGUUAUGCUGUUGGUCAUUUAGUAUCAUCUCAGCAGUCGACAGUUCAUACCACAGUUUUUAAAAAUAAUCUCCACGAAAUUCCAAUUCAAGACAUCCAGAACCAAAUCGUGUUACCCAGAAACGAGGGUCUUCUCAUUGCGAACGAUCAUCGAGUCCCUUCAAUCAAAUCUGAAAGCAUUAAAAUUGAGGAAUCCUACGCACAAAACGAAGAGAUGAAUUCAACAUAUCGUUGUCGAUGGAUCAAUUGUGGAUGUGCCUUCACCGAACAGGAAGGUCUCGUUCGUCACAUUGAAAGGCGACACGUCGAAUCCUCCUCUUCAAAUUCCCACGGGCACACCAGAAGAACCCAUAGGGAACGUGACAAGGACAAGGAGAGAGAUUCCACAAACACGAGUAAUCUAGCCUCAACCAACCAGGAUGAAUUCACUUGUCUCUGGCAAGGGUGCCCUCGAGCACGCCCCUUUAACGCUCGGUACAAAUUACUCAUUCACAUGAGGGUACACAGCGGAGAAAAACCCAACAAGUGUCCUUUUACUGGAUGCACAAAGGCAUUUUCUCGGUUGGAAAACUUAAAAAUUCACCAAAGAUCUCACACUGGAGAACGACCCUACGCUUGUCAGCAUCGAGGAUGUUCCAAAGCCUUCAGUAACAGCAGUGAUCGUGCCAAACACCAGAGAACUCAUUACGAUACGAAACCCUACGCCUGCCAAGUUCUCGGUUGCGGGAAACGAUACACAGACCCUUCAAGUUUGCGGAAACACGUGAAAAACCACACGGAAAACUCCCAACUUUCAAAUUCUUCCCCAUCAAACAGCAAACCUUCCGCAGGAUUAUCUUGCAAAGAGACAUCAACCAGAGUCUAUCCGGAAACAAACGUGGAAGCGAGAUUUCACAAUCAACAGUUGGACUCGAAUAUCAAUGGGAAUUACCGAAAUCGAAAAAAUUCGGAUUUCACUGAUGAGGUGGAUUUGGAGUUGUCUAUGAAUUUCGACGACAGCCAACAGGAAUUCAUUCCCUACGAAUCAGUUAAACGGUUUCUAAACGAGGACGCUUACAACGAUAAUGUUACAGAUUACGAUGACCUUCAGGGGCUCGGGUCAGACAUGGAACAACACUUUUUGGCAUUGACAAAUUUCGAAGAAUCGAUAUUCAUCGGGUAGUUUGUAUUUUGAAUUGUCCAAAAAUUUAAAUUCGAAGCUCUUUCAGCGUGAUCUCUUUUUAUACGAAGACAUUUUUAUUUUGUUAGUGAUAUUGUUAUUAAUAUUGAUAUUAAAUAUUGAGGUACAUAAGUCAAAAAUGACUAUAUUUUUGUACAUAGAGAUGUAAUAAUUGAAUAUAAAUUUAUAAAAUUAUAAUUAUAAAUACAAAUACGA